AUCUGCCUUUUCCCCCAAGCCAACAACACAGACUAAAAUCACUUUUCUUUUCAACCUUUUCUCUCACUGCUUCAAACACAACAAUUCCGAUCUCUCUCACUUCAACUCCUCAUUCUUCAGAACCGUUAGGUCACUAAUCUGCAACCAUGAAGCUCGAUACCACUGGUCUCGAAUCGUUUCCUAAACUGGUUGCACCUGGAAACGACGUCGUUGGGGAGUUCACCGCACCCCCAUCAUUCGAGCUUCCCAAUUCCAAUGAUUUUGAUGGCUUCGUUAAAGAAGCUAUUCAGAUGGUGAAGCCCGCGAAGGGUACGACGACUCUUGCUUUUAUAUUUAAGGAUGGUGUCAUGGUAGCUGCUGAUUCUCGUGCUAGCAUGGGAGGGUAUAUAUCUUCGCAGUCUGUUAAGAAAAUUAUUGAAAUCAAUCCGUAUAUGCUUGGGACAAUGGCUGGAGGUGCUGCUGAUUGUCAGUUUUGGCACAGAAAUCUUGGGAUCAAGUGUCGGCUACAUGAGUUGGCAAAUAAAAGGAGAAUUUCAGUAACAGGGGCCUCUAAGAUGCUUGCAAACAUUUUAUACUCUUAUCGUGGAAUGGGGUUAUCUGUUGGUACCAUGAUCGCUGGAUGGGACGAGACGGGUCCUGGUCUAUAUUACGUUGAUAGUGAAGGAGGAAGACUUAAAGGCACUAGAUUCUCUGUUGGAUCUGGUUCACCAUAUGCUUAUGGUGUAUUAGACAGCGGGUACAAAUAUGACAUGUCAGUUGAGGAAGCUGCUGAGCUGGCUCGACGAGCAAUUUAUCAUGCUACAUUUCGUGAUGGAGCUAGUGGUGGAGUUGCUAGCGUUUACCACGUGGGACCAAACGGAUGGAAGAAAUUGUCUGGUGAUGAUGUUGGGGAGCUUCAUUACCAUUACAACCCAGUUGUUCCAAGCACCGUGGAACAAGAAAUGGUUGAGGCAGCUUGAGCUUUAUGGAGUACUCAUGGAUAUCUUCUCUAGUUUCCUUUCCUUUCCUUUGCUGCUUAUUUUGAAUCGAUAGCAUGGAACUGAUUAUUUUAUAUUUGAAAGUUGACACUAGUGCUGUACUAUUCUGAUAUGUUGAAUGUUGAGAUCAAGUCAAAUUUACCAUUGGAAAUGAAAGAUAGAGCCAUAUGCGACGUAUGGAGUAGUUUAAAUGGGAAAA